GAACCAACGAAACACUGGGCCGCCUGCAGUGGAGCGCGCGAACUUAACCACUCAGCCACCGGGCCAGCCCCCACAUUUUACUUCUUAAACACUCUUUAUAGUAAUUUCCUUGAGUGCAAACUAUAUCAUCCCAGGACUGACGCACUGUUCCCUUCUAUUUGGUGUUGAAUUUACAUCCAAUUUUCAUAUAAAACACUGUCAUGAGCAUCUCUGAGCAUCAAACUUUGGCAAAGGCAGCUACAGUAGUUGGUGGUGUUAUGGCAACUUUUAAAUGUUUCCCCUGAAUUUAUUUGAUGUAUUAUGAGAUCUGAGCUGUCUUAUAAAAUGCAUUUGUCUAUAAUACCUGUACUUUAUUAAGAGAUAUUUGGUAGUGGGGAAACUUCUGUGUUCUGGGCUUUAGUUCCAAGUCACGACCGUGCAGGAGCUGGAGGUUGACCCACAGGAGCUUCAGGUCCCUCUGCACCGUGUGUCUGGUCUGUCUCUGGAACAACUACUUCAGAAGCUCUCUGUCUGCUUCCAUUCACUGCGUUCCACCAAGAGCUAGCCACCAAGUGGUAAUCACUGAGUCCCUCUAGGAUUUCGUUUCCAGGGUAGAUGCCAAAAACUGUCAGCAGAUGUUCAGCCUUCAUGCAGGCGCAAAUCCAGGGCUCUGCUGCUCCAGCACUGAGAUUGGUUGACAAUAUCCAAAUCCAGGCUCAGGGCAAGGCCGAGUCUCGGUAGGACUUAUCCAGGUGCCAGCCUCAGUGGCGGGCGCGUGGCCUUGCAGCUGGAGCACCUGGACCUGAAGAUGGCUGCUGUCUCUCAGCUCAGGAAUUAUUUCAUAAAGAAGCAGCAAUGCACCAUGGCAGCGGCCCUCAGAAUGUCCAGCACCAGCUGCAGAGGUCCAGGGUCUUCACCAGCAGCGAAGGAGAGGAACAGCAGGCCCAUCCAAAUCCACCCCAGUCCCCCGCCACACCCUUCGCACCAUCGGCGAGCCCGUCUGCACCCCAGUCACCCGGUUACCAAGUGCAGCAGCUGGUGAACAGGAGUCCGGUGGCUGGGCAGAACGUGAGCAUCGCCCUUCAGAAUGUUGGACCGGUGGUGGGAGGAAGCCCACAGAUCACGCUCGCCCCUCUGCCGCUCCCCAGCCCCACCUCUCCAGGUUUUCAGUUCAGUGCCCAGCAGAGGCGGUUUGAGCAUGGAUCUCCGUCGUACAUCCAGGUUACCUCGCCACUGUCCCAACAGGUGCAGACUCAGAGCCCCACCCAGCCCAGCCCUGGGCCGGGGCCGGGCCUGCAGAGCGUGCGGGCGGGCGCCCCUGGCCCCGGCCUGGGCCUUUGCAGCAGCAGCCCCACCGGGGGCUUUGUGGACGCCAGCGUGCUGGUGAGGCAGAUCAGCUUGAGCCCCUCCAGUGGCGGGCACUUUGUGUUUCAGGAGGGCCCGGGCCUCGCCCAGAUGGCUCAGGGAGCCCAGGUGCAGCUGCAGCAUGCAGGGACUCCCAUCUCAGUCAGAGAACGGAGACUCUCGCAGCUCCAUGCGCAAUCUGGGGGGACCGUCCACCACCUGGGACCCCAGAGCCCUGCGGCCUCGGGUGGGGCCGGCCUGCAGCCCCUGGCCAGCCCCAGCCACAUCACCACGGCCAGCUUGCCACCCCAGAUCAGCAGCAUCAUCCAGGGGCAGCUGAUCCAGCAGCAGCAGGUGCUGCAGGGGCCGCCGCUGACCAGACCUCUGCUUCCCGGGGUCGGAGUCGGGGUUGGGGGGACUUCAGCAUUUGGGAUGAUGUCCCCACCUCCCCCCACCAGCCCUUCCAGGACCACAGUGCCGCUGGGCCUCUCCAGCCUUCCUCUCACGUCUGCGGGGAGUGCGGGGGUGAGAAAGGCUCCCAAGAAGUUGGAGGAGAUCCCCCCGGCCUCCCAGGAGCUGGCUGAGAUGAGGAAGCAGUGCCUGGACUACCACUACAGAGAGAUGGAGGCGCUGAAGGAGGCCUUCAAGGAGUAUUUGAUCGAACUGUUUUUCUUGCAACACCUUCAAGGGAACAUGAUGGAUUUCUUAGCUUUUAAGAAGAAACAUUAUGCCCCGUUACAAGCUUAUCUUAGGCAGAACGAUUUGGACCCUGAGGAAGAGGAGGAGGAGCAGCAGUCUGAAGUUAUUAGUGAUGAGGUAAAAAUUCUCGUCAUGGAAAUGGAUGUCAUGGCUUCUGCCACCACAAGUGAAAUUCAGAGUAGCAUCAUCUUAAAGCGAGUGUUCUUGGUGUCUUUUACACCAAGUCGUUGUUGUAGUGACUGGAUAGCUGUCUUAGAGAUGUGCAGAGGCCCCCCUGUUUAUGGAGGGUAGUUCAGGGGCCCUGCACGUAGCUGAGUCCGCUAGCACUUGCGUGCCGGCCACUCGCCCUUCCCUCUAACUGUCCCUCCAGUUCUUCCCAUCGCUGGCCCAGGCUGCGCUGCUCGGAGUGGUGGCGCCCACAGGCCCCUGUGUAGUGCCAGCCGGCAGGCCUGGCCAGGAUCGGAAGCUGAGAAUCCUGAACACACACACGUUGGUGUUAGAGUCUCUAAGUUACAGGUCUACCUUAGACUCAAAAUGUGUGAGGCACAACUGAUGGAAUUUAAGGGGGAAAUUCUGAAACCCACAAUUAUAAUGAUGAGAUUUUAGGAUAUCACAGAAAAUAAUAAAUCUAGGAAAUAAAAUAAUUAUAAGGAUAUAGAACAUGUGAACAACACAAAUUAACAACAUAAAUUAUCCUGUUUGACUAUGUGUAUGUGUACAUAUUUAGAUAUAAAUGUGUGUCUGUGUGUAAAAACUUCCACUCAACAAAGUGAAAUAAUUCUUUUAAAAGAUACGUGGACAUUUUUUGUGAACUGACCGCAAAGGAGGCCUCAAUAGAAUUUUCAAGAGCCCCAUUUGGACCGUCCUCUGUGUACAGUGAACAAAAUUAGAAAUCAAUUAUCUAGAAAAUGUAUUAUGUUUGGAAACUAAGGAACUUCUAAGGAAUUCUUGGGUGGAAGAGAACAUCCUAAAGGAAAUCAUGGAAUAUUCUGAACUAAAUGACAACUGGAGUGCUGUGUCCUCCAGACCUUGUGGGAGAAGGUGAAGCUCCGCUUAGAAAGUCGAUUAUGUGAGAAGCAAGAAGCGUGGAAGAUAAGCAUUCUGAAAGCUUUGCUGGUCAGACUAAUGUUGGGUUAAUUCUUCUGUUAACGUCACUUUGGAAGAAUAGAAACAAGUUCUUAUAGAAUCUGACUAGCACCUCAGGAGUCCAUAUUUGACCGUCAUUUCACAAGAGGAUGCUGGGCUCUGCUCACAUUUACUGAGACCCAGACUUCUCAGUGCAUAUUGCCUCCACGUCAUGUUGUUCCCCUUCCAAGUGCCUGUGUGUUUUAAGUCCGCCCCACUAGCGCCAGCUCUCUUAGCCGACUUCGUCCAGCCGUAAGAUAUUCGGGGGCUGGCAAGUAUCGAGUUCAACCAAAUUAUUUAAGUGGAAUUAAGUAACUCUGCCCCGGGGUUAUUUACUUGGAGAGUUGGUACAAGUCAAAACACGCUUUUCAAACCUUUGAGCAGUUAUGUUUAUAUAUUUUUUAAAAACUUUAAAAAUCAUUAAAUCAAGUUUUCAGGAGAUUUUCAGGAGUGCUUUAGAAGUCAGUCUGUAAACCUGUAUUGAGGUAUUAAUGCUUUAUUUUCUUCAGUAUGUUUUUCUAAUUUUGCUUCUCAAUAUAGUGGGAUUUACCCUUGACACCUUUGAGUGAUAUAUUUGUUGUCAAUGUAUCAGAAACUGUGAGUAUCAAGAGAAUGGUUCAGGGGCUGGCCCCGUGGCCGAGUGGUUGAGUUUGCGCACUCCGCUGCAGGUGGCCCAGUGUUUCAUUGGUUC